AUGGGCAAAGAAGAUCAAGAGUUCCAAGCUAUUGUUGAUGCCGAGAAGAAGGCAGGUAGCACUAUCUUGUACGUCGGAGCUGUUCGCAAACUCCACGACUCUGGAAAAGGAGGCGAUGCCCGAAAUAUCGUAAUAACGACUAAUAAGAUUGAGUAUUACAAAGGAAAGAAACCAGACAGGAAAUUUUUGUUUAUCGACACUAGUGAAGUAAGGAGGAUAAACGAGCCAAAAUCAAACAGAAUCGAAAUUUACUUUAAUCAGGAAACAAAAAAUCCUUCACAAAUCAGAUUUGAAUCUCCUGAUGUCGACAAUAUUUACGGAAUCAUCCAAAGCUAUCUGUGCCGUUCAUUUAACCCGGAUAAAGUAGCAAAGAUUGGAUACGACUCUUCAGUAUCAAAGAACUUCCCAUACUCCGUUGUAACAACUAAUUUCGGCUUUAACAACCUACUUGUCAAAGUAGGAAAGUCAAUGCCUCUUGAAAUUAGCAACUUAGUCUAUUAUUUGCUUGCUAACAAUAUAACAGACAUAGCAAUCCCACCACAGAGGCCAGUGGCUGAUUACUUGUUUACCAUCCUUUAUGCAUUCGGAUUCAAGAGAAAUUCAAAAUCUUUCACAUUUGCUGCGGAGAAGCCUGCCAAAUCGAUCUACGCCGAAAUCGUCAAGUAUGUUGCUAAGAGAGACCUUCAUUACCGCCAUCUGGGCUUCAGUAUCCCUUCUGAUGAGCAUUUCAAAGAUCUCCUUGACAAUUUCGAUAAGUACGCCGCAAAUUGCUUUUCAUUUAUUAACACAAGCCUAUCUUCGGACAAUUUGAAGAAACUUAAUCAAAAACUUUCCGAAAAACACGUCAGAUCCCUUUGUUUCUACAACGCUUUCUUACAGGAAGACAUGCAAUACUUCGCAAAUGAGUUUUUCAACGAAUCCAUCGCUGAAACUCUCUUGUACCUCGCAAUUGAUCACAAUAUCUACCCACAACUCGAAACAAUUGCACCGAAAUUACCAAAUAUCUACAUAUUAUCAAUGCCUGCUAUCGGAGUUAACACAGGAACUAUCCUUACCCAGAUUUCCAACCUCAAAAUGGCAAAUCUUCGCUGGCUUAACAUUUCUGCCAAUAUUUGUCAAUUGUUCCCAGAGAAAAUCGAUAUCCCACAACUCGAACGCCUUGAUUUGUCCUUCUUAACCUUUGAAGGAGCUGCAUUUACAGAAUUAAUCAAAUUAUUACAGGGAACAACCUUCCAAAAUGGAAUCAGAUUACACAUAAAUGGUUCCUUUGUCCAAGAGUUCGAGUUCAAUGCCUCCAAAUGCAGUAAUUUCAAAGGUUUGGUAAUCGGACCAAAUCUUACUCCAAAACUGAUCGAUUUCGUACUCGCCUGCAAGCACCUUGAGUAUCUUUCAAUCGAUUUCGGAAUGAAAGAAGAGAGCAAAGAGCUUUUCGACAAGAUUAUCGAAAAUCUUCCAGAUACGUCAACUCUUCGUACACUUGUCAUCCAAAACUUCAUCGUUACAGACAUUGAGAAGUUCAAUCAGCUCAUUCCGAAACUCAAUUUCCUUGAAAAUCUCAAGAUAUUAAAUGGAUCACUCGGAGACGCCUUCAUUACAGCUUUGAACCAACUCGUAAUGGAAUCCAGGUCCAUCAAGCAGGUUUCCAUCGACAGAGUCAAUAUGGAACAGAUAGAACCUCUUCAAAAACUCGCAUCUGACCUUUCCACAAAAGAAGAGCACGUUUUAUUUGUACCUCCACUUGCUGACCUCGCCGAGCUCGUUACGAAAUUCCCCAACUGGAAGGACAACGUUCAGGAUAUAAAGAAAUUAUUGGCAAAAGCCAGAGGAGAAAACCUUCCAAUUUACAAUAGAAUCCUCACAGAAGAGCAGCGCGAAGAAUUCUCUAGCGUUAAAGAGUACGCGCAGGCCUGGGAUUCUCCAUUACUUCCGAUCAAUAGAUAUGAUGAAACAGAACCGGACACGAUCGAGUUCAGAUUCCCACAGUACAUCUCCAAGGAACAAAUGGACCUCUGGGGAAUUGAAGAUAAGUACGCUCCUGUCGUAGAAGAGCCACCAAAAGAAGAUCUCAAACAGAAUGAGGAAGAAGAGAAGAAAGAAGAGGCCAAAGAGGAAGUUCACGAGGAAAACAAGGAAGAAAAGUCCGAAAAAUCGGAUUCAAAGAAAGAUGAAAAGAAAUCAACGGAUUCAAGCUCUAGUUCUAAGAAGAAGAAAGUAUUUUUAUCAUCAUCAAGCGAUGAAGAUGACAAACAGCCUCCAAAGAAGAAGAUUUCUUCAUCAUCUUCUGAUGAUGAGAAACCAGCCCCUAAGAAGAGCGUUUUCAGCUCUACAUCGAGCGAUGAUGAACUUCCUCCGCCAAAGAAGAAGAAAUUAUCUUCAGAUUCAGAAUCAGAAGAGAAAUCUCCAGAAAAGAAGCCAGAACCAGUCAAAGAAUCAUCUUCUUCCGAUGAUGAAUUACCUCCACCUAAGAAAGAGGCAGCUCCUGCUAAGAAACCUUUGAUUUCUUCUUCAUCAUCUGAAGAUUUGCCUCCUCCGAAGAAACAACAGCCAAAGAAGCUAAUCGAAGAUGAAGAAGAAGACGAUGAAUUACCACCACCUAAGAAACAAGCAAGGAAAUCCAUUUUCUCCUCAUCAUCCGAUGAAGAUUUGCCUCCACCUAAGAAACCAGAGCCAAAGAAGAAACUUUCAUCAUCCUCAUCCGAUGAAGAAGAUCUUCCUCCUCCAAAGAAGCCAGAACCAGCUAAAAAACUUUCAUCAUCUUCAGAUGAAGAGGAAAUCCCACCAAAGAAGCCAGAACCAGCCAAGAAGAUUUCAUCUUCAUCAUCAUCCGAUGAUUUGCCACCACCAAAGAAGCCACAACCUGUUCAAAAACUUUCAUCUUCUUCAGAUGAAGAAAUUCCUCCAAAGAAACCAGAGCCAGCCAAGAAAAUCUCUUCCUCAUCAUCAGAAGAUGAAUUACCACAUCCUAAAAAGCCUCAGCCUGUUCAAAAACUUUCUUCUUCUUCAGAUGACGAAUUACCACCACCAAAGAAGCCAGAGCCAAAGAGGAAACUCUCAGAAUCAUCAUCAGAUGAAGAAUUGCCUCCUCCGAAGAAGCCAGAGCCAGUUAAAAAGAUUUCAUCUUCAUCAUCUGAGGAAGAAGAUGAAUUACCACCGCCAAAGAAGCCAGAACCAAAGAAAGCAGCUCCUGCUAAGAAGAUUUCUUCAUCUUCUUCAUCAGAAGAAGAAAAUUUGCCUCCUCCAAAGAAACCAGAGCCAAAGAAAGCCUUAUCGUCAUCAUCAUCCGACGAAGAGGAACUUCCUCCACCCAAGAAACAAGAACCAGCUAAAAAUGUUUUGGAUUCUUCAUCAUCAUCAGAAUCAGACGUUCCUCCACCGAAGAAAGAGGAGCCAGUGAAGAAAGUCGUCGAAGAAAUCGUAGAAUCUCCACCUCCGAAGAAGGAAGAACCACAAAAGAAGAAGAAUUUCUUCGAUUCAAGCGACGACGAAGUUGUUGAGCCAGUCAAGCCACCACAAAGGAAGCCAUCACCAGCAAGAAAGCCAUCACCAGUCAGAAAGCCAUCUCCGACCAAGAUAUCUUCUUCAUCAUCGGAAUCUGAUUCAGAAAAGGAGUUUCCAAAGAAGAUUUCUUCAUCUUCGUCAUCUAGUGAUAAUGAAAAGCCUGUUCAGAAGUCUCCUGCCAGACAAACAAAGAUUCCGGACAGAAGAAGGUCUCCUUCUCCACAAAAGUUCGCGGAAUUGGCCAAACAAACAAAGAAUUUCAACCAGCAGCAGAUGGAAUCUGAUGAUCCAGAAGAUGUCGACUAUUCCAAACCAGAUUGGGACUUCCCGAUCGUUAUUGAGCCAAUUCACACUCAGGCAACAACAAAGAGAAUCGAUUCUAAGUACUCCAUUGAAAAUGUUCUCAACAGCCUCAAGAACACUUAA